AUGGCUAGCUCUAGCAGGCCAUUUCUUUCUUCCUCCGAAAAGUCAGAUAGUGAUCUAGACUUGCCCAGCAUUGAAUUUAGGUCUGAUAAAGAAGGGCCUAACAAACGUCAUUGGCGGCGGUUCUACGCUGUUGUGCGCAUCAUUGUGGUCAUCCUCGCGUCUUGGGGCUUUGUGUCUAUAUGCAUCGAGGCUAGCCGACAAUUCGAAUCAGAUUCAUGGCUCACAUGCGAUACAAAGAGCAAGGUCCCUGAUCCUUAUCACCCAGAGACCCUCGAACCAGGCCGAAAUACAUGCGACUGUGGCACAACAACACAACAGGCUCUGUCACGCGACUGCGUCUAUGAUAGCCUCGCCGCGGCCUGGCUACCACCUUACUGCCGCGAUGAAGAGCUCACGGCAAAAUUUGAGGUCUCUGGCCCUGGACCUGAAGGCCAGUGGUUUUACUAUGCCGACGAAGCAGGCACGAUCCCUCUCAACAAGGCUCAGUUGGCAGCCUUGGGGGAGGUUGGAGGCUCGUUUUGGGCCUUGAGAGACUGGCAUAUUGCACAUUGCCUAUUUUAUUGGCAAAAAUAUACAAGAAUGCGAGAGACGGGAAUUAUCAUGGAGCAGCGAUUUGACCACAUUGAACAUGUCCGACACUGCCAGCACCUUGCCUUGAAGCCAAAGCCGGAUCACUUUUUCCUCAUCAACGUUAAUGUGGUGAUGAACUCAACUCUUUUACAAUAG